AUGACACUGUCAGGACUCCUACACGCACUGGUCUUGGUCAUUGCGACUCUGAGUGCAACAAGGGCAGCUGCUGAUUACAACAUCAACGCAACCGUCAGCAACACUGUCCAAUAUCGUGCUCAACAAGCCACGCCGGUCGACUACCAUACAGCCAUGUUGAAUGCUGUGAACAAGGAGCGCGUCACUCGUGGCUUGCCAAAGCUUUGUAUGAACAAGAAGCUGCAAAAUGCUGCACUACAACACUCCAUGGACAUGGCCAAGAAAGGGUUCCUGGGCCACACGGGCUCAAAUGGCUCUACCAUCUCAAGCCGAGUCAAAACGGCCAAGUACCGCUGGACGUACGUUGCCGAGAACGUUGCCGCUGGACAGACCACAAUCGCAACUGUAGUGGCAAGCUGGAUGAAAUCCAAGGGCCACCGAGCCAACAUCUUGAGUCCAAAGGCAAAGAUGUUUGAAUGUGGCUACGCGUACAGCCCGAGUAGCAAGUACAAGCACUACUGGACACAAAGUUUUGCGUCGGGCAAAGGCGAAACGUGCAAUUGA